AUGGCAGAACUUUCUGUUACUGGAGCAUUGAUCUCGGUUGAGAUGGUGAUUUCACUUCUCAAACAACGUCUGCACCUCAAGAACGAUGUUAUAGAGGAAGUUGAGAGGAUCAAAAGUUGGCUGGAGACGCUUCAGGCCUUCAUCAUGUACCAUGAUGAAGAUCGUGCUGUUCACAGCAAAUGGCUCGAUCGUCAUGUGGAAAAAGUUCGAACUAUUGCUAAAGAAAUAGAGGAUGUUAUCGAGGAGUUUGAGCUUCAUUCUCAACACGUAUCUCACGGGACUGAACUCGCUCAGAAAGCCUCGGAAUUUUUCCAUGAUAUCAAGCAUUAUGUUCCACUUAAUGAUACCUUUCACAAGAUAACAGCCAUCAAGAGGAAGAUAGGUGAUUUUAUCGAGCAACAUCAAAUUAUUAAAGACAUCAACGUUCCGGGUUCUGGUACACGGACUCGAGUUCUUGUUAAUCCUCUUAAUUUUGAUGAUCCAGAUGUCAACAAUAAAUUGUCAUCUGUCUACAAGGAUCUUCCAAGCGAUCUUAAGAGUUGUUUCUUGUACUUGAGCAUUUUCCCCCAAGGUUACGAUAUUGAUUGUGGAAGGCUCGUGCGCUUGUGGGUAGCAGAAAAAUUUGCGAAUGAAAGAGAUGGCAAAACUGCUGAGAACGUAGCAGAGGAGUUUCUCAACGAACUAAUAUUGUGGAAUUUGGUUGAGGUUUCUAGACGCUAUUCUGAUGGACAUCCACCCAGGCACUGUCGAGUUCACAACCUUGUGCUUAAAUUUAUUUUUAGUAAGUGCGAGGAAGAGAAUUUUAUAUCAAUUAUCUCAAAACAAAGUAGUCGAAGACCGAAACUACGACGCCACCUAUCUGUUCAAAGUGCGUGCACUUGUUCAUCGGGGAACACUAAAGAGCCUGCAGGGAGAUUCAAGAACUUGGUCAUCAGGGGAAAUUCAAGAGCUUGCAGGUGUUGGUCACGAGAUAGAGAUUUCAGUGAUGUUCGUUCCCUGUUCAUCUUCGGCUCCGAUAAUGAUUCUGUCUCCAUUACUGGAAACAGAUUUCAAGAUUUCAAAUUGCUCAAGGUCGUAGACUUGGAAGGCUCAUCUUUGACAGAAUUUCCAAAACGAAAUUAUAAACUCACUCUCGUAAGGUAUCUUAGUCUAAGGGAUACUAAAGUAAAGGCAAUUAAUGACAGGUCCAUAAAGAAGCUUGGUUGCCUUGAAACAUUGGACCUCAAGCAGACUAACGUGACCGAGCUUCCAAAAAAAAUCUGGCGACUGAAGAAACUCCGUCAUCUCCUUGCUGGGCGAAAGACUGCGAACAAUUUUGCAGAUUCUGACUCUGUGCAAGGAGUGAAGGGGAUUGAAAACUUGACGAAUCUGCAGAAAUUGUCAUUUGAGAAAACCGUGAAAAUUUUUGCAGAUUUUGACUCUGUGCAAGGAGUGAAGGUAUUUGAAGGGGUUCAAAAGACUGAUCUGCAAACAUUGUCAAGAAUUGAUGCUGGACAAAAUGGUAAAAUCAUAAAGGAGUUGAAACAUUUAAGCCAACUGAAGAAGCUGGGACUUACUGGGCUCAAGAAAGAAUUUGGUAGAGACUUGUGUGAAUCUAUCAAACAGAUGAGACAUCUUACAACUUUGGAUUUAUGUGCUUCGACCAAGGAAGAUUAUCUUGAACUGGGUGAUUUGGAUGCGGAACCACCUCUCUCUCUUCAGCGGCUAUACUUGAAAGGGCGUCUGGAAAAAUUCCCAGAGUGGAUCUCUUCACUCAAAGAUCUGUUUUGUCUUCGUCUGAAGUAUUCCAGGUUGCAGGAUAGUCCACUGAAUUCUCUUAAGAAUCUUCCGAAUCUCGUGGAGCUUCAUCUGGUAGAUUGUUUUGCGGGAGAAGACUCAGAAGAGUUGACGUUUAAAACUUCAAGCUUCAACCAAAUAAAGAAGUUGGUUAUCGACCAAUUUUCCGAGCUACAUACAAUUAAAUUCGUCGAAGGAGUGAUGCCUGGACUUCAACAAAUUUCUCUCAGCAGGUGUCCAAAACUGGAAAUGCCUCCACUGGGCAUCAAUAAACUAUCCAAAGUUGAAGAGCUGACACUAUAUGAUAUGAACCAGGAUUUUAUAGCAUCAAUCAGAAGGGUGGGUGAAGAUAGAGCCAUGGUCCAACAUAUUCGUGUGAUCCAUUCUUUCACUCUUAAUGGUCAGUCUUGGUCCGUUGAGAAUCUUUCCCAUUCUUCUACCCUAUGA